AUGCAUCGAAGCGCCGUCCACUCGGCAAUCGCCGCACUCGUGCUCGGGACCGUCGGCUCUGUGGCUACGGCUGCGGCCGGCACGGUCCCGUCCACCGACGACGCCAUCCACUACAUUCCCAACCAGUACAUUGUGGAAUACGCCCAGGAUGCAGCAGGGUUGGCUGCACGGGACCUCGGCAGCGAUGGCAGCAUCCGCGUGCUCAAGAACUUCGAGUCCAGCCUCUUCUCGGGCGCGGCCGUCGAGAUCACCAGCAGCAGCAGCAACAGCGGCGGUGUGAGCGUGCUCGCCGCCAAGCCACACAUUGUCAACGUGUGGCCCAACCGGCGCAUCGUGCUCGACCAGCCCGUCAGCCAGGAGGACCCGGCCGCGGUGCUCAGCAGCAUCGCCGAGAGCAGCGAUGUGGUGUCCGGCGGCAACGGCGACGGUGGUGCGCUGCCGUACAGCACGCACCGCGCGACGGGCGUCGACCGGCUGCACGCGCAGGGCAUCCGCGGGCAGGGCGUUAAAGUGGCCAUUGUCGACACGGGCGUGUGGUACCUCCACGAGGCACUCGGCGGCGGUUUCGGCCCCGGCUUCAAGGUCGCCGGCGGCUGGGACCUGGUGGGCGACGCCGAUCCGUUCAGCGGCGAGCCCAAGAAGCCCGACGCGGACCCGAUCAGCCUGCCGGACUUUGGCCAUGGCACACACGUAGCGGGUAUUGUGGCUGCUAUGAGUGAUAACUUUGUCGGCGUGGCCCCCAACGCCACCCUCUACGCGUACAAGAUCACGGGCAGCGUCAGCGAGGGCAGUGACGACGCGACCAUGAUCGAUGCCUUCCUCCGCGCCGAGAGCGACGGCGUAGACAUCAUCAGCCUCAGCUUCAGCUCGUCCGCGGGCUGGAGCGACUCGGCCUUUGCGGUGGUUGUCUCGCGCAUCGUCGACGCCGGCGUGAUUGUCACCAUCAGUGCCGGCAACGAGGGUGCCAGCGGGCCCUUUAUUGGCAUCGGAGGCGGUUCUAGUCCCGGUGCGCUCGCCGUGGCCUCUGUCCAGGCCGAUCUUGCCCCCGCGACGCCCUUCCACCUGACGUACAUCUCUGCGGAUGGCGAGACCAACACGACAACCCUCGCCGGCUAUGUUGGCGACGACCACUUCCCGACCAACAUUACCGGCUGGCACGUGGUUGACAUGGCCUCGACAGACCCGGCCAGCGCGGGCGAUGCCUGUGAGGCCUAUGCUGCCGACGACCCUCGCAACCUCACUGGGACCAUCCCGCUGGUCCGCCGUGGCGGCUGCAAUUUUUCCGCCAAGCAGGCCAACCUGCUCGCGCUGGGCGGCCAGUACGUGCUCGUCUACAACGACGACCGUGGUCUUGUCCCGCCGGGCAACACGCUGCCCUCCGGCACGCUGGGCAUGAUCCCCGCCGACAUGGGUGCCGCCAUCCUCAAGGCGAUCCGCCAGGACAACAUGACCGUCACCGUCGACUUCUCUCUCUCGCCCUCGGACGCCGCGUACGUCGGCGUGGCCGACUCGGCUGGCGGCACGCCCAACUCGUUCAGCGGCUGGGCGGCCACCUACGACCUGCAGCUCAAGCCCGACGUUGCGGCGCCUGGCGGCAACAUCCUCAGCACCUGGUCCGGCGAGGGCAACCAGUACAUGGUCCAGUCCGGCACGUCCAUGUCCACCCCUUACAUUGCGGGCGUUGCGGCGCUGUACGUGGGCGUCCACGGCGGCAGGCAGACAAACCCGAACGUCGCAAAGGACUUCCACCGCCACGUCGUCGCGUCCGGCGCCACGCUGCCGUACACGAACAAUGCCGGUGCCGUCUCGAGCUCCUUCUCCGCGCCCCCCGCGCAGAUGGGUAGCGGGCUCGUGGACGCCUGGAGGACCGUGUUCGCGGGCAGCUCGGUCGACGUGACCCGCUUCAACCUCAACGACACUGUGCACUUCCAGGGCGAGCAGCAGGUGACCAUCACCAACGAGAAUACAGCCGGCCCGGUGACGUACAACUUCACCCUCGAGCCCGCGGCUGGGUUCGAGAUGUACAGCCCCUGGAUCGACACCUGGCACACGUGGGGAAUGCAACAGUUCCAGGACCUCGUGCCGAUGGACUUCACGCCCGAUGUUGUCCUGCCGGAGCCGGUGACGCUGGCACCGGGCGAGUCCAAGACUGUGACUGUCACCUUCGCCAACCCCGUCAACAAAGGCUGGAACUCCACAGUGCUGCCGCUAUACAACGGCAAGGUCAAGAUCGCAGGUGACAAUGGCGACCGGCUGUCUGUGCAGUACAUGGGCCUUGCCACCGACUUGUACAAGGAGAAGAAGGUCUUCCAGAACUCGUAUGAGAGCGCGUACCCCAUCUUCCUGAAUCAGAAGACGUACGACAACAUUCGGGUCAACGCUACGUACAACUUCAACUCGUCGUCUCCGGACUUCAGCUGGCUGGCAAUGUACUACCAGCUAGACUGGGGCGUGCACGAGAUGCGCUGGGAUAUCUUCGAGUCAAACUGGGACGAGUCCCGCUGGACAUACCCGCCCACCGCCGAGUCCGGCCUCGUCGGCCUCACAAAGCCCUGGAGCCGCGACUGGGACAAGGUCUCCGACCCGGCCGACCCGGCCGUCGUGCGCAACAGCACCAUCGACAGCCCCAUCAGGUACCUGGCCCGCAACGGCUUCGCCCUGCGCGCCGAGUCCCGCGUCGCCUGGCUGGGCCACCUCGUGCCGCCUUCUGGUGCCGACGGUGACAGCGGGGCGGUGCGCGUGCUGGAGCCGGGCAAUUACACGAUGCGCAUCGCUGCUUCGAGGCCGUUUGCCGACCUGAGCAAGGUCGAGGGGUGGGAGGUUGCGAGAUACGAGAUCCAGGUCGUAGCCUGA